CUUUCGCGCGGAAUUUUAAAAUCGAACAUAGCAUGUGCUUAGCUAUAGGGGGGAAAACUAUAUGGUCCUCAAAUUGAUUGCUGCUGUUACGCCUGUAUUUCGUCAUAUUCAUUCAACAAAAAUGGCGAAAAGUAGAUUUGAAUAUGUGAAAAAGUUUGAAAUGGAAGAUAAACUCUUGUUGAACUCUUGGAUAGUACUGAGAAUCGAUGGGAAGGGUUUCCAUAAAUUUUCUGACAAACAUAAUUUCGAGAAACCUAAUGAUAUAAAAGCUCUUAAUCUAAUGAAUAAGUGUGCUAAACGUGUUAUACAAGAUUUUAACGAGAUAAUUCUGGCUUACGGGCAAAGUGAUGAAUAUAGCUUUAUUUUUAGAAGAGAUACAAAAUGUUAUAAUAGACGACAAGCAAAAAUCCUUACAAAUGUAGUAAGUUUGUUUACAUCAAGCUACGUGUUCUACUGGAAAGAAUUCAUGACAACAGAACUAUUGUACGCUCCUUCAUUUGAUGGAAGAAUAACUCUAUAUCCAACUGAUAAAAAUCUGAUAGAUUAUGUUUCUUGGAGGCAAGCAGACUGCCAUAUCAAUAAUUUGUACAACACCUGUUUUUGGAAACUUGUUCAAACUGGUGGAUUAAGUCCAAAAGAAGCUGAAGAAACCUUAAGGGUUAGUUGUAUUCGUAUAAACAAUUUCGUUGUAUUCAAUUACAAUCAAACAGCAAAGUUAGCAUCUAAUCAGAAAUUCAGAAUAUGAAUAUUUCUACAUGGUUUUUAUUUUUAUAGUAUUUAUAAUGACCUUUAAAAACAUACUGCUGUACUGAGUACUUCAUAAAUACCGCACAGCUAUCUCUUUUUCCCUCCCCCUCUCUCUC